AGAAGAGCAGAAGGAGCCGCAGAGAGCGCACAAAGCGCACAGUCUGUCGUCUUCACGCACAGCUGCGCGCUGUAGUCUCACACGAGGGAGCUCGAUGCCUGUGGCCAAUGCGAAGCACACGGUGUUGAAUCCGGUGAUCCCAUACACAGGGCCCAUACCUGCAGGCCUGCACCCCGGGGAGAUCAUCGUUAUCCAAGGCACUGUGCCCCCAGAUGCUGACCGGUUUCAGAUCGACCUGUCGAGCGGCUGCAGCACCAAGCCGCCCUCCGAUGUCGCCCUCCACUUCAGCGCCCGCUUCAAAGGCUCGCCGUGUGUGGUGUGCAACUCCCUGCUGCGGGAGAGCUGGGGCGAGGAGCAGACGCUGCAUCAGCUGCCGUACAAGUGCGGAGCCCCCUUCGAGACCAUCGUCCUGGUACACGAGGACGUGUUUAAGGUGGCAGUCAACGGGACUCACCUACUGACCUUCAAGCAUAGAAUCCCACUGAAUAGGGUCGACACAUUUUCUAUAUCUGGGAAUGUCCGGGUUCAUGCUGUUGGCUACAUCCCAAACUCUGCAAUAUAUUCAGAAUCAGGCGACUUGAGCCUCCCUUACAAAGGCAGUAUACUGAAAGGACUGAGCCCAGGACAGCACAUCACAAUCAAAGGACAGGUCAGCGUCUAUCCUCACAGCUUCACGAUAAACCUCUGCAACAGCAGGACGGAGAACAUCGCCCUGCACUUGAAUCCACGCAUGAAGUCGGGCGUCUUCACCAGGAACUCGUAUCUGAGCGAGUCCUGGGGUAAGGAGGAGCGGGAGCUGCCCUUCUUUCCCUUCUCGUCAGGGGAGUAUUUUGAGAUUCUCAUCCUGUGUCAGCCUCAUCAGUUCAAACUCGCCGUGAACGGCGCGCACUUGUUCGAGUUCCGGCACCGAGUGCAGGACCUGAGCAGCAUCAACCAGCUGGAGGUCAUGGGCGACGUGGAGCUCUCCGAUGUUAAACUGUGGUGACUCUGACACGGUCGUGUGUCUCAGCUUCAGCUGGUCCUUAAUUGGGGGCUCGAUGAUCACUUUUUUCCCAGCCCUGAUUUAGAAAACUUGAUGCAUGAGCGUUAGCUGUGCUGGGGAGCGUCAGGCCACGAUUACAGCUACAAGUUAGAAGUUAGGUUUGCCUUGGUUCAAUUCUUCUUCUUCUUCUUCUGUCUCCAGGUUCUCUCUGCUGUGAUAUGUGCGCUGUAUAAUUUAAACAAAAAAUGCAGUAUAUGUGUAUAUAUAUAUAUAUAUAUAUAUAUAUAU